AUGACGCCGCCCAACUUUUUGGUCAUUGUCGCCGACGACUUGGGCUUCAGUGACUGUGGUUGCUUUGGAUCUGAGAUUCAAACACCCAACAUCGACGCACUUUCCCGAGAACAUAAUGCCCUUCGCUUCACAAACUUCCAUGUGGCGGCCGCGUGCUCACCAACUCGGUCGAUGCUUAUGACAGGAACCGAUCACCACAUUGCAGGCCUUGGAGAAUUGGCAGAGUUUACUCGUAGCUCUGCUGCACACCAAGGUCAGCCUGGUCAUGAAGGAUACUUGAAUGAACGCGUCGUCGCUCUUCCAGAGCUUCUUCAGGACGGUGGCUAUCAUACCAUGAUGGCCGGAAAGUGGCAUUUGGGGUUGAAACCCCAGCACUAUCCUGUCCGUCGCGGAUUCGACAAAUCCUUUGCCCUUUUACCUGGCUGUGCAAACCAUUAUGGAUACGAACCACAGUACGAAGAACAGGACCACGCAGAUCGAUUUUUCGAGACGGCUACCCGAGCUUUGCACGUCGAAGGCAGUCAGAUUGCUGAGCUUCCAGACAAUUUUUAUUCUUCGGACGCAUAUGCCUCGAAGCUGAUUGGAUAUCUCUCUGGGCGAGACGAGGCGGAAAUCAAAAAGCCGUUCUUUGCAUAUCUUCCUUUUUCUGCACCUCACUGGCCGCUUCAGGCUCCGAAAGAGGUAGCAGAUAGAUAUCAAGGAAUGUAUCAGAACGGGCCUCAGGCUCUUAAAUCCGAACGUAUUGAGCGUCUGAAGAAGCUUGGUCUUGUUGAUCAGGACGUUGUUUCGCACCCGAUUGUGCGCGUCGGUGAGCAAGAAUCCCAAGAGUGGGAAGACUUGCCUGAAGAGACAAGACAGAGCUCUGCACGAGCGAUGGAGGUGUAUGCAGGCAUGGUAGAUCGCAUGGAUUGGAAUAUCGGACGGGUUGUCAACCAUCUUCGUAAGACGGGAGAAUAUGACAAUACCAUGAUCCUAUUCAUGUCGGAUAACGGAGCUGAAGGCGCUUCUUACGAAGCACAGCCCAUAAUGGGAGACAAGGUUGCUGCCCAUAUUGCCAAAUACUAUGACAAUUCUCUCGAAAACAUCGGUCGAGGGGAUUCAUUUGUAUGGUACGGGGCUCUCUGGGCGCAAGCGGCGACGGCGCCGUCCCGACUGUUCAAGAUGCACUCAACAGAAGGCGGUUGCCGGGUGCCACUGGUCGUAAAGCCCCCAAAGCGUACAGAAGCCUCGGGUUCUCGCAUUACCAAGGCAUACUGCACUGUCAUGGAUAUUGUGCCAACAUUUUUGGAAAUGGCUGGGUUGAGGCACCCAGGGACACAUUACCGGGGCCGAGAGAUUGCCAGCCUGCGAGGGAAAAGCUGGCAACCAUAUUUGCAAUCGCUGCAUCUGGAGAAUGAGGGCAAGAAGCGUUGCAAAGACGAGGAGUUUGACAUCCACGACGAGACAUAUGUGACAGGCUUCGAGAUCGCUGGAUCAGGAGCCUUGAGGCAAGGUCACUGGAAGCUGGUGUUUGUGCCUGCACCACGCGGUCCGCAAAAGUGGGAGUUAUUCCACAUGAAGAAUGACCCUGGCGAGACCAAGAAUCUUUGUUACGCAGAGCCGGCCAAGUUCGCCGAGCUGAUGCGCCUGUGGGAGGAGUACAAGGCGGAAGUUGGCUCUAUUGGCGUGGCAGGCGAGUUUCCCGAGGCAGUACAGGGACAGCGUGUGUCGCUUGAUGACGAGUUUGCCGACCCGUAUAGUUGGAUAAAGUUCAUCGGUCGGCCAAAGCUUGUUCCAGGCCAUCUGAGCCAUAUCCGCCCGGUAAUGGACCCAACAGUGCUUGUGGUAACUAUAGGUAGACUGCUCAUACAAAUUCAAGCCAAUUAUAAUCCUUUCAUCACCGCCAUGGCUUUCUGGACCUUACCUAGUGGCCUCUUAGCCCCCGCCCCGCCAUCGGGCUCAUCAUCGUCGAGUCAAACCAACUCUGUUCCGUCUCUCUCCUCUCGUCAUAUUCAACUCCAUCCGAUCCGCUACGCUCCUCGCUGCUCCUCGAUCCUCGCCGUGUCCCCAGAAUCUUUGCAUGGCAGUUACUUGUCUGCAAAACUUCCUCUACAUCACCAGCGCAUCUGGUGCCGUAAUCGACCUAUAUUCGAAAACCCGGGCGGUGCUCUAUCUCUCGACUGUCCACCCCUUCCUGGCGAGCCUCAAUUCGUUCAUGGACACGGCGCUUCUGGCGACUGGCCACGCUGCGAUCACCGCUCCAGACUCUGGCCUCGUAUGAUCGGGGCCAUAGCCUGA